AUGGCAGACUUGCCACCAGACAGGCUCAGCAUGGAACCACCUUUUAGCAAUGUUGGCAUUGACGUGUUUGGGCCCUGGUCUGUGUCAGACGGUCGCAUGAGAGGAGGCCACGCUGAUAAUGACCUGAGGAUCGUGCUGUUUGGGAAGACCAGGGUUGGUAAAAGUACUCUAGGAAACAUCAUCAUGGGGAACACAGAGACUUUCACCUCAAAGGAUUCGUCCAAAGGUCGCACACAGAAAUCCCACAGCACUGUGGAAGGUCAAAAAGUGGCUGUUGUUGAUACUCCAGGUCUGUUUAAACCUGGAAAACAUGAAGAUGAGCUGGUGAACGAGAUCAAGCGAUCCAUUGAUCUUGCCAGUCCUGGUCCUCAUGUGUUCCUGCUGGUGCUGAGGCUCGGUAUGAUCACCUCUGAAGAAUUAGAGGUACUGGAGGUUUUUGAACGCACCUUUGGCAGACGUGCAUUGGCCUACACAACAGUGGUGUUCACCCAUAGAAAUGAAGAUGAAGACUAUGAAGCUAACAUACAGGAGGCUAUGAUCGAGAGUAAGGAUUUCAGAGAACUCAUUGAGCAGUGCCAGUGGAGAUAUUUUGCUUUUAACAUUGAAGACAAAAGUCCUGCUCAGGUCACCGAGCUGCUGAAGAAGAUAAACCGAUGGGAAAAGAUUACUUCUACACUCCUGACAAGCUCCAAGAGGCUGGAAAACCGGACGAGCAGGACGAAAAACCAAAAACAGCAGAAACAACAGGCAGGCGUGCGCUUCUGGAAAGGACUGGAUUGGUGGGAAUCAUUUUGGGAUCUGUGGGGGGAUAUUUACUUGGAGGUGGUGAGCUGA